CAAAGAUACGCUAUCCCUUUCUAUCGACCUCACUGCGGCUGCUCCGUGAACCCGCUUUUCGCUCGUCAGUGAUGUCAACGACAACCGUAACGGCCAUGGACUCUCGCUCUUCAUCACCAACAACACCUGAAUCUUCCGACGGUCAUCAUCCUGUUACCCUACACCAUGACCAUAACCUAUCAGCCUGGUAUAACUCAAUUCGUCCAAGGAAGACCUUUCCCGAAAUUGGCGUUUGGGACAAUGAGCCUAUGCGUAGUGUCAUGAACAAACCUGACAACGAGAGGAUGCUCCAACUUGAUGACCUAAUAGAUGAGCAUGCCUAUGAAGACUCGGCCUGUUCUGCACCAGAAUCCUCUCCUAUUCUGCCUCAAGUCAUUCCAGAUUGUUUGAAACCGGAUGCAAUCCACCCGACAGGCGACAGCUGUGUAUCUACUGCGCAAGCUCCUUUAACUGAGUCCGACUAUCUUGUUCCCUCCCAAAUGCAGAUGCAUUGUUCACCUGUAAUCCCUCCCCCUGCUGUGCGUUCACCCAAAAGGGAUUCAUCUACCGCUCAGCAUCGAGUCGUUUUUCCUCCACGAGAAUCUUGCUACAACCUUCCUAUCCUGACCCCUAAUAUCCCCGAACACGGCACAAAGUCUCGUGUAGAGACUCAAGUGCGCGUCACGUUGGACUUGGCGCAUGCUAGCUCAUCGUCAGGGGAACCGUACUUGUACGAUAGGGUCGGUUCGUGGAAAUGGCUAAAACUUCCACCAGGGACUUUCACCAAGAAGCGCACUCGUCGGGAAGGGAAGAUAGACCCUUCUCCCUUGGAUAUGUUACACCUUACCACGACCGUGACAUGCGCUACAUCACCACACAAUCGCGUGCUAAGCUGCGGAAGCUGUAGAAACCGAGAGGCAAAGCGCGUGGCUAGGAAAAUCGCAGCUCGUGUCAGACCCGCCAGGUCUGGCUCAGAUACCCCAGAGGACGGUAAUGAACGACCAAGAGGCAACAAGGAAGACACGACUAGCAUCAUUCAGUUCAACUGCCCCGAAGUCCUUGACUUCGAAACAGGGUCGGUUGUGCUUCCCGUCCGCAUCACAUGCUACUGCAGACAUCACCGCGAAAAGGUCGGGUUUCAUAUCCAUUUCACGAUGAUGGAUCAUACUGGACGCAUCGUCGGUUCGGGAACGACUCCUCCGAUUAUGAUUACGGAUGACCACAAGUCGACGACCAAGUCGAAUUCUGUGUUCAAUCUCCUCACUGAAACCGAAAUCGACUUGUCCCAGAUCACACCAAGCAGGGAAUUGGCGGACAAGCGUGCACCCUCGAAACGCAAGGCAACAAACGUGAAAGGCCAGCCAAAGAAGCGAGCAAAACCAUAUGACGCUACUAGUAGAAACGGCCUGGUGAAAUUUGUGAGAGAGGCCAGCUUCACGUCUCAGCCUUCAACAGUGCCUAGUUCCCGGUCUCCUACACCCCCUCGCCUUCUAGUGCCCACGCCAUCUUGCUCAUUAUCUCAGAUUGAAAAUGGCACCAUUCCUUCCGCAGCUAUGUUUGGUGUCAAUGGGUUUCAACAGCCAGAAGAUGCACAAGCUAAUUCAUUCGUCUCAAAUCCAGUAAUAUCGCCAGUAUCAAGCUCCAUAUCAUCGCCUCUCAUUUCUCCUGUAUCGCCGCCCAUCCCACAACUUGUUCCACAACCGACGUCAUUCCUUUUCUUCAACUCUAUAUCACCUGCCCUCGUUGCCCCACUCACUCUCCCUAAGAUCCACCGUCUUAUACCCGCUUCUGGUCCUACACAUGGCGGUAUUGAAGUGACUAUCCUUGGUGAGAAUUUCCACCAUGUUCUUCAACUUAAUUGCGUCUUUGGAGACGUCCCCGCAAGCUCUACUCAACGUUGGAGCGACAACACCUUGGUCUGUGUCCUACCCCCUCGAGCCUCCCCGGGUGUUGUCGCUGUUUGGUUCGAGGGCUUCGAGAAGACAAACGAUCCCUCGUUCCCUUCUCUGUUCACAUACACUGACGAGUCAGACAGAGCCCUGAUGGAGCUGGCCCUACAGGUCGUCGGACUCAAAAUGACAGGCAAGAUCGAAGACGCAAAGAACGUCGCUCGCCGUAUCGUCGGAAACGCAGGAAACGAAGACUCUCCAACAUCCUCAGACGCUAACGACAUGAUGCACAUCGUUGCAUCCUCGUCUUAUCGCGAAAUACGACCACUUCUCUUCGUACGGUCGGACGAAGGAGAAAAUUUCGAGACCACGAUCGUCAAGUUCCUUUCCAUGAUAGAUGUAUCCGUCGACAACCAAUCCACUAUCACCAUGAGUUCUGCAGUUUCGCACUCUACAUCUGAUGGGCAGACGCUCUUGCACCUCGCGUCGUUCUUGGGCUUUGCGGAGCUCACGAAAUUCCUGAUCGCACACGAUAUUGAUCUGGACGCACGUGAUAGGAAUGGUUAUACGGCUCUUCAUUUUGCUGUGUUGUCUCUAUCCAAACCUUGUUUGGAGUUGCUGGUAGCGGCUGGAGCGGACUUGGAGAUCGUGAACGGACUUGGGAAAACCCCAGAGGAUAUUGCCCCUGAAGGCUUAUUUGAUGAUGUCACCCCGUGGCGCUCGCCUAGUGUCGAAACAGAAAGCCAAGAUGACGCUGAUGGUGAGAGUCAGUGGGGUGACGUAGAUAGUGACGAGGGAGAACUCGUCAUCAUCAAACGCCGACCGGCACGUACUUUCCGUCGGCGCACACAAGAUACAACGGAACAAACAAGCCCUGAAUCCCACGCGGAACAAACCCCGGAAUUGCCCAGCAAAGACACAGAUACCAGGAUACCUCCUAAUGCAAGGGACGAGAAACAGACAGCGUCUUUUGUGGAUAUGAUCCAGCGAACGCUUGCGCAGCUGCAACCUCAAGGCAUCAUACCAAACAUACCUCAGCUUCCUCUUCCACAUCUUCCUGGGAUGCCUGCUGUCCUUUGGGGCGCUCUUCCGCAGAUCCCGAUGGUGUUCCCCAUCUUCGUCCCGAUAACGGGGUGGCCGUUCCUCGGUGACAAGCGGGAGGAACAUCAAGUCGAUGGGGAAGUGAGGGAUGCUGCUCAUCUAGCGGCACGGGCAGCGCAGGAACUAAAGGCGACUUUGGAGAAAUGGAUGACGCUCGCUAUGGCCACUGCGACGCUCCGUCCGGCGCCUGUUGAAGAAGCGCCUCCGAUGUAUACACCACGAGAGACGCACGAGGAGCAGCUGGGGGAGCCUGUGACUAGUACGUCGCGCGUCGAGGAGCCCUCUGCUCUCGACGCGGAGGCACCUGCGCGUCCUGCAGGAAGCAGGCGCGUUGGUUAUGCUACAGCUUCUGUGCCAGCUCAGGAAGUGGAGUCAUAUGGUUAUAGGCCUGUGAAUGAUGCGCAGAAAGCGCAACAUGGGCGCGACCGGAUGCUCGUCCUGUUCUGGCUUCCUAUUUUAUUGAUCUCUCUUAUGUGGGCUCUGCACCACGGUGUUCGUUUCGUUCUUCACGCUUUCAAGACGACGCUUUCUCUCAAAACCGGUCUUCGUGCAUGACUAUCCUAGAAAUUACAUAUAUGCACACUCUCAACGAAAAAAAAAACUGACCGAGAUUGUCGAGGACCACGCUUGUACAGUACACAACCCGGUCUGACUACUUGACGUAUUUAAUGACGUAUGUAUGCACAUCCAGUAUAUUGAUGCAUAUCGACAGCGAGUUUAAAUAUCGUGUUUCUAUUUUCCCCUGUGCUCCUUGAAAGAUGCCUGGAUACCCUUGCCAGCUUUAAUAUCAGCCAUACACUUAGCAUCG